AUGAAGUUACAGGAUGAAUCCGACUCUAUAUUUAGGAAGAACAACUGUAAGCUAUGACAGGAAUUCUCUUUUACACUUGGCUUCUAAACUCAGCACUGCUCCAGCCCUAGAAGUGCUCUUGGUAGUUAGUACACAGGCACAAAGGGCUUCAUCAGUUCCAGCCACCUCUAAAGGAUUCCAGGGAAGAUCUCAGCUGAUCGAAGAAGGUGCAUCACUCAGCAUCGAAAGAAGGUGUUUGCAUCUACUCUCCUGACAGGUUGGAGUGUUUCUUAUAUAAAUAACCAGGUACAUAAUAAAAGCUAAUUUGGGGAGGGGGUGCUGUUUGAAAAAGUGAAAGGUUGACUUGGGAAAACACUUUCAUAUAUUGCUAGGAGAUGAAUGAAUGAACUGCCUUUUCUGUAAAGUUUAAUAUCUGUAAAGCAGAUCAGUAUGCUUACACAGGCUGCUAUUACAAGUGCUUUAUACUCCAUUCGAAAUUUAAGACAGUAAGAAUGUUGAUGCCACUUAGAAUUAUCUUAAGAAUAUCCCCUGUGUAUAUGCCAACACGGCCCCUAUGGAAAUGUGCUUCAUACAGUUAGAAAAAAGGCACGUUUUCCUCCACCAUUUCUUUAUUGUUGUCUGCUUGAAAUAUUUUAAUUUACCCGAUGUUUGUUGAUGCUGUUGCAAGUACCAGCAAAGUAAUAACAGCAAAGUUAGAACAGUUAUAAGAUCACUGUAUGAGAUCACAAGGAUUUGAUAAGAAUUGUCAUAAGGCAAGUAGUUACAAUGAACUUGAUGGGGUGCAUCUGCAUGGCGUGCAGUAAAGUUUCAGCAUGGACUUUUCUUCUGCUUUCAGUACAUGCUGGGCUCCCAGCAGUGUAAUUUCUAUCUAGGUCUUCAACACAUCAGAGCUUUCUGUUUAUAACACUUGUGCCAGUUUCAUGCAUACAGCAGGGAGUCAAAGGAUGACAUUCCUAGUUCCUCUUCAAAUGGAUCUAGGGUAGUGUUAUGAAAGACGUAAAUUAUGAAAGUGCCUCAGGUAGAUCAGCUCCUUUAAAGCAAACCGAAGAACUCAGACGGUGCAAACAGCUGCGUGUCCUUUGGCACCCUCUCUCGGCACUUAUUUUUAGAUCAGGCAGAGAAGAUCACCACUUCUUUGAGUUUUAUUCCUUCCUAUCCCUUGCGCCUGUUCAGGAAUCAUAGGGACAUUCGCACAAUGAAGUCAAGUGCUAAAUACGGUAGUUCCAAAAAGAAACAACUGUGGCAUUGCCUUCAACAUGUGGUAGACUGAUGAAAUAAAAGGUAAGCUGUGAACUAAAUCUUUGAAUGCCUGCAAGAUUUAGUAGUAUCCAGGUUUUCAGCUAAAAAUUGUAUUUAAAUAUUGGAUGUUUUAAAACCAGUUAGCCGAAUACUUAGGAAAGCAUUGAGGAGCAUAAUUAGUUGAGUUUGAUCACUCCCAUUUUGUUGCAUGGAAGUUAGGAUAGGGGUAGAGGAGGAAGACUGGAGGCAUUGCUGCCCUCAGGCUCUGUGUCACAAGGACUUGCAGGAAGGGAGUUAUGCUUGUUGCUACUGUAGCUAUACUGGGCUAUAUUUCUUCCAGAGAGUUAGAGAAGAAAAAGAAACUAUCCUGUGCCAGAUGUCUGGAUUUAUGGGGGCCAUGAAGUAGUGCAAGCCUCAGUAAGGUGCAGAGGGAGAUACUUCAGCUCCUUUCUACAGCAACUCCCUCUGUGCCCUAUAAUCUCUUGUACUGUCAGCACAAUCCUAUACAUCAGGGGCAGGAAAAUUAUGACACCCCCCCCUCCCAGCGGCUGCUGGACUGCAACUCCCAUCAUCCCUAUCAGCAGCGCUGGCUGGAUCUGGUGGGAGUAGACCAGCAACCAGUGGAGGACACCAGAUUCUCCUCUCCUGUGUUAAUGUCCAUGCUGCAGUACACCUCACGGACAGCUGUGGAGCUGACUCCCAGGUAAAUGUGUUCCGUAUAUAGAAUUGUAACCUUCAUGGCUCCAAAGGGUGCCUGGAAGGUCUUGUGCAGGAACUACAUUUUCUUUCCUGAUAUUUCUGUAUGGAUGUUAGUGUAGGAGGAAGACAGCACCCACCCCUGGUCCCCUUGGUGGAUACCCUGGUGAAAUAUUGCAUAUUUGGCUGCGUUCCAGAAGUCCUGGUGCAACGUGAGGAAUAUCCGUGCAACAUGACAGCACUAUCAGAUUGUAGGGUUGAGCUUUUUUUUUUUAGGAAGACCCACAAAUUGUUGAGCUUUUUUAAAACAAACCCCAGAGUUGUUGAACUUGUGACAGCAUUGGCUCCUGUACAUGUGUAGUCAAAUAUAAAGUUGCUGCAGCCUACCGUUAUAUUUUGAUUCCUGAAUGUCUGAUAGCCAGCAGUUGUACCAAAGGGGAAGGGGGAAGAGAGAAUGUAGCCCAAUAAGGUUGUCUAUUUUUACUCUUCAGCAUUCUGUUGUCCUGAUUUCUCUGGCAAUAAUGAGGUCAGCAGAAACAGGCAGGGAAGAAAGAUUGUCUCUGCCAGAAGUUCUUCACAACUCUAUGAGGCACCUCUAUAGGGGCUUUGCUCUGCCUUCACAUUAUUUUUGUUACUUUAUGUUCAUCCCGAAGUUAAUAUUCCAUUUAAGAGCUUUACAAGCUUAAAGAACUGCUCCUGGGAAGCCACAUGUAGGCAGUGCCAUGUUUAGACAGAGAAGACAAACUGGAAAGAGUGUGUGGACCACAUGGAAUGUUACGGCUGCUGCAGUUUUAAAUAGUCAUUCAUUUUUCCUCUCUCAACAACCCAUAUUAACAGGCCUUCAAGUAGUUUGUUUAUCAGUUUCAGGCUGCAGUUACCUUUUAUUUUUGAGAAGAUGCAUUACCUUCAGUUUAAAGUUAAAGGAAUUUAUAAUGCCUUUGCAAGUUUUAUAUGGGGCAAAUUAAUUUUUUAUCAACAAAAGCCAGGUUUUCAAUAUAAGCAAUUCCUGAUUGUGUAACUUGAAGCGAACAUAUUAAUAAGUAGCGCUCCCAUGAAUAUGUGCCGUUUGAUGGAAAAGCUAACUUCUCGUUUACUAUUGUGAUGGGAAAGCGAUCUUACUCUUUCUGCCCAUGAAAAAUUAACAAGGGAAGCUCAGGUGUUCUCACUCCUUUGCAGCAUUCUAUGGUUGUAUCUAAGUAACUCUGAAACUAAGCCCGAAAGACAAUCUGGACUGAUGAAUGAAUACCUAUCAAGAAGAAACAUGGGCUAAAUUGUAGUUUAUCAAGCCAUUGUUGCUCGUAAAAAAGUUUUGUUUUAUUAGUAAUCAUACUUAUUUUGCUUUCAGGGAUAAAUCUCUUCCUUUAAAAUGUCAAAACAGCCAGCUUCGAAUGUUAGAAGCAUUCAGGUAAGAGAUAAUAUUUUAUGUUACUAGUAGUAAAUAAGAAGUAUUUUGAUUGAAAACAAAACAUCCGUUUGUUUGACGCUUCAGCGCUAACUAGGAAUUAUUUAAAACUUGCUUGUCAUGCAAGUAAAUGCAUUUUGAUCCCAUCUUUUCCAUGGUUUUACAUAUUCCAUUAUCAGCUUAAUUGUCUUAACUAGUUUUCCCGUGUGCUGUGCCAAGCACACACACACACAGUCAUACACAAAACAACCUAUAGCAUUUUCCACGAGGCAUGAAAAAGAAGCUGGAAGGUUUUUUGUACAUCAUCUAAAAGCAUUUGACUGCACAAACAUCACAUAUAUGCCUAUGUUUGUGUGUUGCUUACUUCUAAUUGUCCAGCAAAAUUCACUUUCCAUUACUGGCAUCUUUUAAGCUAAGCCAAGAUUAUUUAAAAGAAAGGAAAAAAGAAUGUGACAAGUAUAAAAAGCUGAAGUCCUAUGCAUACUUACAAGUAAACAUGAAUGCUGUAUAGAAGUAAAUAAGUUAACUGAAUGCUGUAUGGAAGUAAGUAAGUUAACCAACCAAUCUGAAGUAUUAGAACUUGUGCCAGUUUAGAUUCAAUGGCAUCAGUUUAGAUUCACGGACAUCUGUUUUCACCAUCCGUCUCCCAAUACUAAUAUUUAUUGCGUGUGUGUGUGUGUGUAUACAUAUAUAUAUAGAGAGAGAGAGAGAGAGAGAGAGAGAGAGAGAGAGUGUCUCUUAGACAACCAGAUUCUCAGUAUGCCUUCAUUUGCUUACACUGGGUUGCAUCUGGAGAAUCCAUUAUGCUCCUAAUAGGCCUACGUCCAAAAACAGGAAGGACCUGAGGUCCAGCAGAGGCUCUCACUGGAGGAAGGAAAGGAAGGUGACUUUUGCCAAUUGCCUCUUUCCCCUGCAGACUUGUGCCACCUCCCACACUGCGUCCAAGCCGAUGUUCUCAAGCUGAACAACCCUUUUAAGCGUUCACAGUUGCAGUCAAUGAGAUGUACGCAAUAUAUUAAUGUGCUAUCAUGAAUACAAAUGUGUGGGUAAAUACCUUGUAUUGUUUUAUCAAAUAAUAUUAGCUUUUAGGGUUUGCAGAACUGCUAUGGCUCUAUCUGGAUGAUCAUAUAUUGGCUCAUUUAACCAAGAUAUGCACAAGCCUUUUAUCAGCACACAUAGCCUUAUCCCUCCUCAGUUAUUUAACCUGAAAGUCUCCAGUUAACUACAGUUUCUUGUUUGAUUCUGGAUUGUUCCAAACCGCAUAACCAUCCAAAUUAGGCCAAUGGUUGGGUUCAGGAUAGUUGUAAUGCAAAAUCAUGGUUUCUACUUACUAUAGUUGAGAGCACAUACCAUAGUUUGAAGUUCCAGCCCUACAAUUGGCAAUCCAUGGUUUAUAGCAGAAUGUCUGCAUUUGUUUCUUAGGACUGUGAGGGAAUUCCACAGAUCCACGCUCAAAAUCUCUUUUUCCUCCGUUGUCUGGUUGACUUUAAAAAAACAAAAACAUUUUUAUUGUUUUUUAAACAAAUACAAAUAUAAUAUUCAUUAAACACUUAUAUAGCAGUACGGCUAAUGGUCUUUGUUUUAUCCAUUUUCUCUGACUUUUAUAAUCCUAUUUUUACACAACUGUGUAUAUUAGCUGUACAAGGUUUGCACAUCCACAUGUGGAAUAGUGAAAGAUUUUUCUGUUCACAACCUUCUGAAUUACAGCCUAUGAAUUUGGUAUCCAACAGUACUAUCAGAGGCAUGAAAUUACUAUAGCUGCAGCUUUUUAUUGGUUCUGAAGACAGGAAAUAUUUGUUUCCUGGUAGUAAAUAGAUUUAUAUAGUAUUAAUUUUCUAUCACAAUGAGUUUUUAAUGGUGGCUAGGCAAACAAAAACGGUAUAUAUUGUGAAGAUUUAAAUGGGCAGGAUGAUUGCUUCUCUCUUGAAAGCAAGCAGAAAAAUGUCUACCAAUCUCUGGGGAAAAUAACUUUUAUUUAUAGAUUGUAGUACACAAGCAUCAGUCAACAAAACAAAGGGAGCCUUUUCAUUUUAAUACACAAAGUCAAAAGCAAUUAUGCAGUAGAGCGUUACAUUUAUUUUAGCAUUUUCAAAUUGUUUCAUCUGCACUGCAUUCUAUAAGCACAGGGAAUCUACAUUUUGAUAAAUGACAAGGCAUUAUUAUGUAGUUUUAAAUAAGCUCUAAUAAACAAUUCACUUAAAUGCAUUGAAACAAACAGUUUAAGUCCAUUAAACAUGGAGUUUAUCUCAGUAUUGUGAACUUAAUGUAGUUUACAGCCUCCCUUACUUUCCAUUAAAGGGAAUUAUCCACUAAGGAUUCCCAAUUAACCUUCUAGAGAAAUAUGAGUUUAUUUUACCACAGUUACGCAUAGAAAAAAUAUUUUCUUUUAAGCCAUGUGCCUUGAAAGCAAAAUUAUAUGUUAUGUAAAGUGUGUGUGUGUGUGUGUGUGUGUGUGUGUGUGUAUCACAGAUCUCUUUAACUUUACAGCUAAAUAGACAGUGCAACCCUAUACAUGUCUAGCCAGAAGUACGGUAAGUCCCACUGAGUUCAAUGCAUUCCAAUGCAUUCCUAUGCGCCAAGGGUUGCUGACACAGCUAAGGAAGGGGUGCUGUGUCUACAUGCCUGGCAGAGUUUGUGUGAGAAGUGGCUACACGCAUCACUGGCAUCAGUGCUAUUUUUCUAGAAAAAGGUGCCGGAACUCACCAUGAAUGCCACCCUUGUUCUCGUAUAAUGCCAAUGGCACCCACCUGAAAGGUGGCAGAACUGACUUCUGGCAAAUUCCGGCUGAAAAAAAUGCCCUGACUGGCAUGCACCCAUUCCUCCACCACUCCCAGACACUUGGCCAAGAGUGAAUGUGGCAAACAAAAAAUUAGCACUAAAGUCUUUUAUAGGAGCAAGUCCCAUUGAACACAAAAGGUCUCACUUCUUUGAAGAGCUAUUCGGUCUAAGUCCAGUUUAAAUACAAAGAACCAUAAGAAGGAAAAGCAGGGGCUCAAAGUUGCCCAUCAGCAGUUGGCACCUGAACAGCAGACUGCUAUGGUGAUAUGUAUUGUACUGCAGAUAUAUAAAUUUGCAUCUAUACCUGUAAAAUCAGCACAGGCAAAUGCCAUGCAAAUUGGUGCCCUCUUCUGUCUUCUUCUGGGUGAUCCAUUCCAUCUUUUUUGGUAACACAUAAGUGGCCACCCUAAACUGAGUUGCUUCCACAUGAAACCUGGGGUUCGGUCCAGUUGCACUUCCACAUGAAUGAAGCCCAGUUGCAAGCCUUCUAUUAGACCUAUACAGCCCAGAGGACACUAACUGGAGCUUGCUAACAAAAGUGGACUUGCCCUCAGAAGGCUGCCUGAAAACAAAGAAAUGCAAGCACAUAUUUUAAUAGAUGAGUUGGAAAAUAUAGUAUAGCAGGAUGGCGGUGCUGUUUCACUGCUUGAUGUGAAAUGGGAAUUCUGCCCUGCUGCUGCCACCUCUGGCACUUAGUUUUGGCGACAUCUUGCUGGAAAUCAGUGUGAACUCACUGGUGGAGGCAGCAGGGCAGGCAGUGGGUCCACGGGGGUACCAUCUUGGAGGCUUCUGCUACCUGAAGCAGUGGCCUCACCCUGCCUAAUGACUGCGCCAGUCCUGGAAUACAGUAAUUCAUUCUCUUACUGCUAUUAGAAGUACCAUUUCAAUGGAAUUUACAGCUGUAUAUUCCUGUUCCUGCUGCCUCAGAGGCUGCUGUGUCUGUGGAGACGGGGGCACCUCUGGUUCUGGUGAUGUGCCCCCCUUCCCUGGCUCCCCUGAACUGUCAGCUGCCCCUGCAACAUCCUCUGAUGUCCUUAUCAGGUGCAGCUUGACUCAGCACAGUGGCAACGUGAUGGGGGGAAAUACCUUCUGAGUUUCUGCAUGUCAGGCAGCUUGUAAACACAAAGCCUAUGGUGGAACGAUAGCAUCCAGCAGCCAGAAACCUUAAUGGCUACUUCGACAGUCACAGCUGAACUUGGAUGGACAGCAAACCCACCUUCAGGGAAAAUCAGAAUUUGCCAACGUUACCAAAAUAAUGAAGGGGCAAAAGACACCACAGGGGACAAAUGGCAGGCUGACGUGCGUAUCUCUGGACUGAUAUGUACAGCAGUUCUCCAGGAAGAGCAGAUCUUACCAUUUUGUACUGUGCAAAAAACUGUCCUUGUAAGCCUGCCACAUCAAGUAGGAAGCUAGGAGGGCCUGCUGAGGGCCUGAAGGACCCUGCCCUUGCCUCUUUCCACCUGGCUUGGGGCGGGGCCUGACAGGCUUCACAAGGACUGCAGCUGCUUUUAAAUUGUUUUUAAUUUUUAUCUGUGUUGUUUUAAAUGAAACCAUCUUGGCUGUGAACCCUGGAAGACCUGCACCCUGCCUUGCUGGCCCUUUCCCAUCUGGUCUGGGAGAGUGGAGUGCUGACUGACUCCAGCUACAAAAGCUGAAGCUGUUGAACAGAUUCUUGGACUGGAGUAUUGGUUACAGGGGGGGAGGUUGAGAGAGCUGUUGCUGUUAUUGAUAUUAUUGUUGUAUCUUUAGUUUUAGAUCUUAUGAUUUACAUGGAAAUUGUUUCCAUUUGGUUGUGUACUUUUUGAUGUGUUUUAUUUAUUGUUUAUGACUUAUGUUAUGUUUGUAAUUAUGUAAAUCUUGUCAUGUUGUAAGCUGCCUUGAGCACUGUUUUAACUACGGAAAUGCGGCAUACGAAUAAAAUGAUGAUGCUGAUGAUAUCCUGAUGCUAUACUGAUAUGAACUCUAACUUGCAGGCUAAUAUCAACAUCCCAAUGGGAGCCCUUUUACCUGGAGCAGGUCAGCCACCAAAAAGAAAAGAAUUUACUGAAGCUGAUGAGGUAAGAGCAAUAUAUGUCUUCAUCUGCUAGCCUAGUUCAUUUCUCGUUAUUUUAAGAAGCCAUAUAAUGAUCAGUCAGUAUACAGUGGUGCCUCGCAAGACGAAAAGAAUCCGUUCCGCGAGUCUCUUCAUCUUGCGGGUUUUUUCAUCUUGCGAAGCAAGCCCAUUAGCGGUUUAGCGGAUUAGCGCUACAGUAUUAGCGGGCUUAGCGGAUCAGCUGAUAAGCGGCUUAGCGAUCAGCUGAUAAGUAGCUUAGCGAUCAGCUGUUAAGCGGCUUAGCCGAUCAGCUGAUAAGCGGUUUAGCGGCUUGGGAAAAAGGGGGGGGGGAGGAAAAAAACCCCGCAGGAACUCGCAAGACAUUUUCGUCUUGCGAAGCAAGCACAUAGGAAAUUCGUUUUGCGAAGCACCUCCAAAACGGAAAACCCUUUCGUCUAGCGGGUUUUCCAUCUUGCGAGGCAUUCGUCUUGCGGGGCACCACUGUAAAUCAGUUCUAUUCAAGUACAAUUAGUUAAUACACACAACGGUUGGUGGUAUUUUGGGGUCAGUGUAUGGGUGCAACAUAAAUCUGGUUCCAAACUAAGGGUGGAUAUUGUGUUCCAAAUGCAAGAAACAGAGAUCCUGAGCAAUCUGGAAACACCACUAUAGUUAGAUGGGUGUUGCAUGAUUGCAUUUCCUAAUGUUUGGCUUCUAAAAGCAACCGCAAGGAGUCCUACUUUGCAACAGGGCCACAGUGCAUAUGGGAGGCAUGUCUAACUCCCCCACCCCGGAUGAACCCUAUACAAAUAUCUCCACAACUCCCACCAUUCGGAUAGUGGCUAGUAGCAGCUGCUUGCAGCUCAAGACUUUUCACCGUUCAUUGUAUUGGGAUGGUGUUAGUACUAGUAUAGUAGUAAUAGUAUAAUGGGGAGAGGAAGGGAGUAGGAAAAAAGGGCCUAGAUCCUAAGUUUAGAUAUCGAAAGGAGCCUUAUGAAUUUCCAAAAAUGGGUUAUGUAAUUUGAGUACUUGGAGUAUACAUGUGGGUUUCAGUGGGCUGAAAUGUAGGCAGAUAUUUGGAUAUAGCUGGAAAAUGAGUGAAAGGGCAAGAAGCAAGGAAACUGUGUAGGAGGUGUGAACAUUUCAGAUGAGAACACAGUCUGUUCAUCUACAGAUCUGCUAGCAUGCAGUAAUUUACCACAACCAGACAGCUAAUUGACUCUAUCAACCUGAAGCCAAAUUCAAUUUCAGAUGCAUGGGACUUACUGAAAGAAAAUUUGAGAUAUGCAGCUAUGCUUCAUGAACUUCUGAAAUUAAAUAAUAGUUUUAUAAGGAACUUCUGGACUAGAAACUUUGCAGACUGUGGCACAGCCAUCGCACAGUCCAUGGCUCUACUUUUCCAGCUGCAAAACAGAACCAUAUUUCAGUGAACAAUUUUAAGCAGCUGCUUUGGUCUUAACUCACCAAUUUGAGAUCUACAUAGUUAAAAGGGGGACGUACAUUUUAAAAUAAAAAUAAAUAGGUCACCUACAUGUUAUAAUGCAGAAUUAUGUUGCCCAUGCAGUUAGUUGCUUCCCUCAAUCCAAUCCUAUGAAAACUUCGUAUUGCAGGAGCAAAAUUAUUCCUCUUAAAUCUGAAAAGAUGCAAGGAGACAGGUUAUUUUAGAACAGAUAUUGCUAUGAUUACUGUGAUCUAUUUGCAGCAUCAGCUAUGCUUAAUUUUAGGUUCCAUAAAUGUGCCAGUAGCCCCAACACAAAUUUAUAUUUCAUAUCAUUUGAAAAAAUAAAUAUCUGGAGAGGUCCACUUUAAAAAUGUUAUGCAAUUAGAGCAUAUUUUAAAUGGUUUUAAAAUAUUCACCACUCAAUUUGCCUCUGUUCAUUCCUGUGAGAUGCUGUAUGGAUGAAGACCCACUAGUAACAAUGAAAGGGGUAUCUGCACAAAAUAUUAUAAAGCUUGUGAUAAGUAAUCCUUCCUAUCCCACAACUAAGAGAAGAGGGCCUUGAGUGUUCUUUUUCCAAACUUGUUUGUGGUCCUUUAAAAGUGCAAUAAAGAAGCCAAGUCACAGAGCCACCUCAGAAGCUUGCCUUCUUGCUUCUCCAGUGGCAGUAGCAGGGGAGAGUGGGUGCCAUGCCAUGAGAUUCUGCCGCCUGAGGCAGCUGCCUCAGUCUGACUCAUAGGCAGACAAGCAGACUCUGGAGGAGAAGCAUAACGUGCUACAUGAAUAGGUGCCUAAACACUGAAUGACCAGAAGCAAUUAGUCAAUGCCAGAGAUUUAAAGUUCCACAGUGUUUCUAUAGCUUCUCAAAAGUGAUGUGGUUACCAGGUUAGGUAGAUCAUCUGGGAGAUGUGGCAGAGCUAUCCUUACAGUCUUCAGCAGGCUGUCAGAUCUAGUAUCUUCUGUGCACUUUAGUAGAUCUGUCACAUAAUGCCUUGGUUCGCACGUAAUGCCAAGGCAAAUCAUGGCUUGGUGCAGAUGCAGGGCUUUUUUUCAGGACGCAGUUCCAGCGCCUCUCAAGUGGGCGCUGUUGCCAUGAUAAAAGAACAAGGGAGGUGUUCAUGGUGAGUUCCGGCCCCUCUUUAGAAAAACAGCACUGUGCAGAUGCAUGAACAUGUGGGUUACUGGAGAAGAGACCACACCCACUGCACUCCCCCGUCAGUCCUUAUGCUGCAGCAUUACCCAGGGCUAAAGCUGGGAGGUUAAAAAAAAUAUAAUUUGUUGGUGUUAUGUACUGAAGUUCUCUCCCUGGGCCAGCAGUGGGAUACUGUAGAUAGUUUUCACUCAGGUCCAUAUAUGCAAAUAAGGAAUUGAAAGUGAUAUUCAGUGAUUGGAUAGUUACAGAAAGUUGUUACUGUUGCUUUGUAGUUGAGCUCUAUAUAAGCAGGUGGCUGAACCCUUCAGUUCAGUUCUGUUCUGGCCUGUGAAUAAACAAGAGCUGUUUGAAGAAUCGCUGUGUCAUCUGAUAUGUUCACCCACAACUUAACAGUUGGCUUAUAGUAUGUGUGUGUAUAACCAUGGUUUAGCUUAGCAUGGAGCGGAUUUGCCUCAACCAGGGCUCCCAGUUUGUUUCAUUCCAGACAAACUUUGAGCUGUAAGCUAAGAACAAUCUUGGUUUGGCUUAGCAGUGCAUGUGAACUGGGUCAUUGUGAAAAUGGAAACAUCCCCCAGUGUAUUAGUUUGAAGUAGCUGGGUUUUUUUGUCUGCAGAGUCUUCCAGCUUCUUCAGAAGAGGAAAAGAAAAAGGUGCUCCCAGGAGCAAAGAAAUUACCUGGCCCAGCUGUAA